GGCGGAGUUUGCCUACAUUAAGGCCGCUGCCCUUGUCAGCCACGCCAGAGCCGGUGAAUGAGCAACGCGUUGUGAGUUUGCAUCAGCAGCAUCGCCGGCGCUUCAACCUCAGACCCGCCGCUUCGCGUCUGUGUGUCUCGAGGGACCAGUUUGCUGCUGCUGCUGCUGCUCCUCCACCACCACCUGAUGGAAAAGGCAAAGGAGAACAUUCCCGGCUUCUUGCCUCCUUUCAAGCAUUUUGCUACACAGGCCAUCCACGUGGGGCAGGAGCCUGAACAAUGGAAGUCUAUGGCUGUGGUGCCCCCUAUUUCCCUCUCAACGACGUUCAAGCAGCGUGCGCCGGGAGAGCACUGUGGUUUUGAGUACAGCCGUUGUGGAAAUCCUACUCGAGAUUGUUUGGAAAAGGCUGUGGCAGCACUGGAUGGUGCAAAGUACUGCUUAGCGUUUGCUUCUGGGUUAGCAGCUACACUGAAUAUUGCACAUCUACUAAAAGCAGGAGAUACUAUUGUAUGCACAGAUGAUGUCUAUGGAGGUACCAAUAGAUAUUUCCGAACGAUAGCAUCAGAAUUGGGUCUGAAGGCCAUUUUUGUUGAUUGUACCAAAUUGGAAUGCCUUGAAGCUGCAAUCACACCAGAGACUAAGCUUGUCUGGAUUGAAACUCCCACAAAUCCAACCAUGAAAGUGAUUGAUAUUCAAGGAUGUGCAAAGAUAGUCCAUAAGCAUAAAGGUGUCCUCUUAGCAGUUGACAAUACUUUUAUGUCUGCAUAUUUCCAGCGUCCCUUGUCUUUGGGAGCAGACAUUUGUAUGUACUCAGCGACUAAGUACAUGAAUGGGCACACUGAUGUUGUAAUGGGACUAGUGUCAGUAAACAACAGUGAUCUCUAUGAAAGGCUCAAAUUCCUACAAUAUGCCCUUGGAGCAGUUCCAUCUCCUUUUGAUGCCUAUCUUUGCAAUCGGGGCUUAAAGACACUGUCAAUCCGCAUGAAACAACAUUUCCACAAUGCGCUUGUGGUCGCUAAAUACCUUGAGUCAGAUCCAAGAGUGGAAAAGGUCCUUUUCCCUGGAUUAACCUCGCACCCGCAAUAUGAGCUGAUGAAGCGUCAGAGCACAGGCUGCCCAGGAAUGAUUUCCUUCUACAUUAAAGGAAACCUUGAACAUGCCACCACAUUUCUCAAAAAUUUAAAGCUUUUUGCACUGGCUGAAAGUCUGGGAGGAUAUGAAAGCCUGGCAGAACAUCCUGCCCUCAUGACUCAUGCCUCCAUUCCAAAGGCAGAAAGGGAAGCCCUUGGAAUCUCCGAUACAUUGAUUCGCAUGUCUAUCGGCUUAGAAGACUGUGAAGAUUUACUGGAAGAUCUAGACCAAGCUCUGAAAGCAGCAUUUCCUGAUUAUAAAGUCCGUAACUAGAAGAUUUGAUCCCUGUGCAUCUGUAAUAAAAGGAAAAGGAACCAAAAGCUUUGUUGCUCAUGAAUUUUCUGUGAUUCAGUUCCUUAAGAAAUGAAAAAUUAUCUUUAAUGUUUUGAAAGCAAGCCAACAAUGGAGACCUCCACCAAAUUACUUGACUUAAACCGAUGCCUUCUAUCAACAUUGUGUUUAUUGGUCUAAAAUUCUUUCCAGGAUUGUUUCAGAUUGGCAGCUCUGUUGGUCUGCAGUAGAAGAACAGAUUCGUGUCCAGUAGCACCUUAGGGACCAACAAGAUUUCCAGAGUAUAAGUUUUCAAGAGUAAAGGCUCCAUUUGCUAGAUGAAGAUAUCUGGGGGAAAAAGGAGCUCAAAGGUUUGCACUCUGAAAUUCUUAUUGGACUCUUAAGGUCAUCCUGGCCAGGUCCAGCCGGGACUCAGCCCCUGCUGCCGCACCCCCCCCCCCAGCUCACCGCAGAGCCAGCAUUGCUGGCCAAAGACAUCAGGCAGCCCCGUGCCCCUAGGCUGGGGGGCAAGUGACACCGGGCCACCAGGCAAGGCCCCAAAUCCAGGCAGGCCAUGAGGCUCCCGCCAGCCCCAGGGAUGCUCCACCAGCACCAUCAGGCCCCCACAGCCCCCAGGAAGGUCUGCCACCCACCGCAUCCUCUCCCUUGUGGCCGGAAGCCACAGCAGGCCCACAGGGCUUGCCACAAGGAGAGCAAGCUUCAGCCCAUCAUGGGCCCGAUGACGGAGCACCAGAAGACACCCCGCCCUCAACCUGGGCAUCUUCCCUUAUGUGGAGGGUGGGACCUGGAGGAGGGCGGAGGGGUGGAGCCAGAGGAAGACUGAGAAGUAUAAAAGGAGGGGAUGCAACACUGAAGGGGGACCAGUGAUGACAGAGGCGCAGCUGAUCAAGGCUGAAGGGGCUGUACAGGAGACGAAGAGAGAGAGGGAUGGGUCGCACCUGUGCCAGCCAGUGGGGUGGCAGGUGCGCUUAACCUGCCCCCUUCGCUGAUCUGAGGCCCCCUUCGCUGCCAUAGAGGGGAGAGCCUCCCCCACAGGGAAAUAGGCAAUGGCCACCCGAGGAGGUGGGGCACCACAAAGAUGCUACUGGAGUCUACUCUUUCCAGGAGUAGAUCUGACAUGGAUGUGAAUGGGACAUCUAGUAAUAUCUGAAGAUACUUAAAGCAGUUCAUAAUGCUUGACCAUGUUAAAAGGAUAUAGCCAUUACAUCAGUACCUCCUGUUCCUUCUGCUCCUCUUUAGGUUGCUGAAUUUUUAAAAACAUACGGAGCUGUUUCUUUUUUUAAAAACUUCAGAUGCAAAAAGUGGUAUCAGAUCAGUUCCUUCAAUGAUGUUAUUUCUUUCUUUUGUGCAAUACAGAAAAAAUGAAGUUAAAUGAGUUGCAUGGUGCUGCAUGCAUUGGGUUGAAUCCAAACAUGCACAAUCAGAAGGAUCUCAACAAUUACAUCUUUCCUGCCUUCUCUCAGUAGCCCCAGAUCCUCUGAGUGAGCUGGAAAUCAGGCAAAUCCCCCCCCCCCCACCCAGGUCUUGUGUGAAUACAGCAAAGCUGGCUCAUUGAAAGCCACUGGGGAAGGGGGAUGCAGGAAGUAUUCACAGGCAAGUACCUUCUGCUUACACAAGUUUGGAUCCAACUCAUUGUGUUUAAAAAUUGAAUCUUGAAUAUCUUCUGGUUUUAAUUUUAGAAUUGCCAGUCUAUGUUUAUGUUUAAUUAUUCAAGUUGUAUCUUUAAAUUAUGUUUCUUGAUUUUACUUUGAGCAGUUUUAAUUUUGUAUAAAUCUGUUGUUCCAGUAUGAGAUGAAUUAACUGUAGUAAUAAGUAAUAACAGAUUUCUGUUUAUUUCCACAGCUCAUAAAAUAAAGCAAAGUUGAUUUUUGA